AUGCUUAAACGGACUUCAUUCAUCGCUUUAUGGCUUAUCACAUUGAUUCCGAUCAUCUUUGCUCAGUUUGGCCAUGAUCCUCAAAGAUUUCAAAGCCUUCUCAAAGGUUUCUUCAAAUUGUCUGCAAAUUAUGCACUCACUCCGAAAUGGAGAUCCAACUAUAACCAACAUUCAAUUGUCUAUCGUCUCGGUGAUAAAACGGAAUACUCAGUGAACAAGAAAAUCCUCAAUGAUGUUUUUGAGGCGGAUAUGGUUUUGACUCCAUAUCAGAUGGAGGAUGUCAUUGAUACAUUCAAAGCUAGAGUUCAUGGCCGACCCAAAAGAGUGAAGCGAAACGCAGCGGCGGAUAGUGUGAAGUUGAGGUGGCCAAAUAGGACAAUUCCAUUUGAGUUCAAAGAUACCAAAGACGCUAAAUGGAUUACUUUACUCCGAGAUGGAAUGGCUAAAUGGACUAGGGAGACUUGUCUCCGUUUUGUGCCAAGGACCACUCAAAAAGAUUAUGUCACUUUCUUCAGAGGAGGAGGCUGUUAUUCAAGUGUGGGAAGAACUGGUGGCAAACAAUACAUCUCGAUUGGUUAUGGUUGUGAAGGGGGUGGCAUUGUGGCUCACGAACUGGGGCAUGCAAUCGGCUUCUGGCACGAGCAAAGUCGACCGGAUCGAGAUGAGUACAUCAAUCUCAACAACGACAAUAUCAUUAAAGGAACUUAUGGAAACUUUGAAAAGCGAACUGACUUGGAGAGAACCGAUAUCCCUUACGAUUUUGGCUCAGUGAUGCACUACGGACCUCAAGCUUUUACUAAUAACUGGAAUUAUGUAACAAUUGAAACAAAAGAUCAUCGUUUUCAACACACAAUUGGUCAACGAGCCGACAUUUCUUUCAUUGAUGUCAAACAUGCAAAUCACCUCUACUGUAAUGAUAUUUGCAAAAUGAGGCUACAUUGUUUGAAUGGUGGAUAUGAAAAUCCGUUGGACUGUUCGAGAUGUAAGUGCCCGCCAGGGCUUGGAGGAAUCCGAUGUGAGAGAAUCGCGACGAGUACUCCUGGUUGUGGUGGUGAUCUGAUCGCCACAGCUACCUGGUCGGUCUUGAACAGCGCCCGAGUUGGGAAAUGUUACUGGAGAUUGCUGGCACCAUACGGUCAGCGGGUCCGCUUUGAGAUCACUGACGCUGACUAUAAAUGUGAUUCGUCGUGCGCUGAGAACUAUCUCGAAAUCAAACACCAAAGAGAUAUGCAACAAACAGGAUUCCGCCAAUGCUGCAACGCUGUGCCGGAUACAUUAUUGAGCAAACCUACAUUCCCAAAGCCACCGCUUGCAAAUUGGGAAGGCCAAGGUGGUCUCAAUGGAUUGCUAGGACAAGAAACCGGAAUCGAUAACACUUUUGAGAAUUAUGUUGUCAAAGAGUUGCCAAAUGUUCUGAGAUCAACCGGAGGUCGUGCCGAUAUCAGUUCCCUUUUCACCCUCGUCGACAGUCUUUUGAGAGCGGGAAGUGGAAAGAAGAAAAAA